UACCAGUUAAGUUGAGAGUAUCCUAACCCGUUGAUUCUACUCUAUGUACAUGAAAGAUAUACGGAGUGUGCGUCACUUCACUCUGAUGUUUGUAAAAAGAGAAAGAGAAUGAUUUCUUUGCGCUGCUGUUAUUUAAGUCGUGUCAAUUCAAAACCGCCAUUAAAAACUGGCCAUUUUUAGACAGUUGUCUAGUAAUUUUUAGCUGUAAACAUAAAUUUUCACUAGAUUUGAUUUGAUCUUUACACGCGUCUCUAUGUCUACCAUAACACCUUUUUCUGUAAACUUCUUUCACUCCUCUCCUCUGCUUCUACAUUUAGCUUAAAAUCAACUAUCAAUGAAGAUCUCUUGUGUUUGAGGACUGAUUGUGAGAAAAAGAAGAAAACCCACUCCCGAAAAGAAGAGGGUAAAUCUUUUGUGAUUCUAAUAAUGUCAACAUCUUGGGUUCAUUUUUAGUGUAGUUUUAGUCAGCAGAGUAUAUAAAGCUUAAGAAACCAAAUCUAAGUCCUUAUUUGUUACAGAGGAAACGUACUGUAUAAAAGAUCACAAAGUUAAGGUUGUUUAUUCUUUUGUUUUCAUGUUAGAUUCUCUCUUCUUUUUCUGGUUUUGGGUUUUUGAUUCUUCUUGUUUUUGAGUUUGAUUGUAACAUCAGUACCAUUUAGAGAAAGGAGAAAAAAAAAAAGUCUCUGUUUCUAUUUUAAGGGUGUAGUAAAUUUUUUUAAAGGUCAUUUGAAGUUUUAGGUUUUGAAUUGAAAGGUUGUUUUGAUAUAUACCAGUACAUAGUUUUGGCCCAUUCUCUUGUUUCAAGGAUUUCUCCAAGAAAAAAAAAUUAGGUUCCAAAAAUGGCGGUUUUAAUGGUUUUGGCGAUUGUUCAGGCUUCUUUGUAGGAUUAUUAUGGUUAGAAAACUGCUAGCACUGGAAUUUUGAGAGAAGUUAAAAAGAAUGCUAAGGAAGAGAUCAAGAACAGUAACUACUGCUAAUAACCAAGCUUCCUCCUCAAUGGGUUCAAGAGAUAAAUUCAUAAAACCAACACCUCCUCUUAUUUCACCAAGGUUAUUAUUUUCAGCUUCAAAUGGUUUAUUAUCUGAAAGUGAUUAUAAUAGUUCUUCUGUUAAAAGUCCCACUUCAAUUCUUGAUAACAAACCCUUCUUUGCAAACCCUUUUAGUAGUACUAAAUCAUGGGAGAAAAAAGUAGAGUCGGGUAUUGGUCUAGGAAUUCUUGAUGCAUUACUUGAUGAUGAAAAACAACCAAAUCACAAAAUUUUGACUUCUUCUAGUAGAAUGGUUUUGUUUGGUUCUCAAUUGAAAAUUCAAAUCCCCCCACUUUUACCAACUAGUUCUACUGAUUUUGGUAUCAAUACACCAAUUCAUAAUAAAAUUGGUUUUUCUUCUAAAUUGUUUUCUCCAUCUGAGAAUUCUCCUAGGGUAUUUACUGGUUGUUUAUCUGCUUCUGAAAUGGAAUCAUCUGAAGAUUAUACUUGUGUUAUGACUCAUGGUCCUAACCCAAGAACUACUCAUAUUUUUGACAACUGUGUUGUUAAGAACUGUUGUGGUGUUGUUGGAUUUUCGUCUCCAAGAAAGGGAAAUGUUUUUUUAUCUGAAAAAUCACAAGAUUAUCCUUCCAAGAAUUUCCUCAGCUUUUGUCAUACUUGGAAGAAGAAUCUUGAGCAGGGUAAAGACAUUUACAUAUACAGAGGUGAGAAAGCCUUCUGCAGCCAUGAAUGUCGAAACGAAGAGAUUUUACUCGACGAGGGGAGGGAGAAAUUUGGCAUGGACAGUUCCCUUGGGAUUUGUUCUUGAUUGUUCGUCACUUACUGAUAAGCCUAAUCGGAAGUUAAUAUGUGUAAAUGCUGGGAAUAUUAUUAGAGCACUAAUCGUACACCCAGUUGGAUGUUUUCUUAGUUGUUGCUAAGACUGUCUGCAGACUCUAAGCCGUUAUCUAGAGGUUGGUAUACUGGUUAAUCUAUAAUUUUGAUUUUUGAUCUUACCUUUUUUUUUUUUUUUUAAUCUCAAGUUUGUUCAAGACUGUGGGAGAUGAAACAUUUUAUGUUUUUUUUUCUUUUCCCGAGUGAAUGAGGAGAAUGUUUGAGCGAGUUUUUUGGUUCAGUUUUGUGGGCUUGAAAGAUUAGUAAACUGAUGAAAAUAUGACUAAUGAUCUUUUGUAUACCA